CCCCCGGUCCAUGAGGGGUUAUCUAUCCUCUGCUUCUCCCCCUCCCAUAGGGCCAUGCCUAUGAUUCCUCCAUCGUUGCGACUCAUGAAGCUCUAGCUCCUCUAGCCACCACUCCCCUCUUCCACGCUUCAGAUGACUUACAAGCGAUCUCUGGUCGAAGGCUGUCGUCGCCGGGGGGUUGCGAAAAGAACCAGUAGGAGGCUUACUUCUGACUUGCAGACCCUGACAGGACCAGAGCUCCAACACUCUUACCUUCCAACCACCUUAGCUGAUCGGCUUGGUACAAUUCUAUUCGACGUCCUCCAGAUACCUGCCUCCACCCAGCCGCUCCGACACAGCUUACCUACUCAGUGACCAUCUAAUUACGCACCUACUUUGAUCUUUUGGAACCACAUCCACUCAACGACUUCAUCAUCUGACACUUCUGCUACGGAUAC